UACCAGAGCCAAGGUCGUGUACCGUGAAGAUCACAAUGUCUGCCAAAGUUUGUGUGAAAAUGAAUCUGUGCGACGCCAUUGCUCAAAAUAGCAUCAUGUUGUCGUCCAGUGUUAGAGUGAGCAGGCAGCUUUGAGUCUCACACAGACACGAGUGUACACUUUACUGUGUUUAUUUUAUUCACUUCACCUGGUUGAAACCACAUGGAAUCGAACAGGAGCGGCUUGCCUGCAGGAUGGGAAGAGCAAUGGAGGAAAGAGAAGGAAAGGAGGGCGCAAGUCCUCGGAGAAGGCAAGGAGGGCAUUGAGCGAGAUCAGCGUGAGCUGAGGAGAAUCGUGGCUUUCAAUGAUUCCAGAUUGGGGCUGAUGAGCAGGAUGCUGGAACAGGACGGAUCGGAUCAAGGCGAUAAUCUCCGGAUUUACCACAACGAAAGCUUUCCUUGUGAGAUGUUCAAGGCUCUGACGGAGUUGCGUGAAGGCCGUCUUCUCACAGACCUGACACUGACCACUGAGGAUGGGAGCAGGUUCCAGGCGCAUUCCACCAUCCUUGCUGCUAUCAGCACGGUUGUUAAGAAGCACCUGAUGGAAGAGGUCCAAACCUUCAAAUUCGGACCCAACCAAUGGUCCUUGUCUGUGGAUCCAGAAGUGGAUCAGGUUGGACUACAGGCUGUUAUAGACUUUGCCUACACUGGGGAGUUCUUAAGAGGUGACGGCGUAACUCGUGCAGCUCGUGCACUCGGAGUCCACAGACUGUUAGACCUCCAAACAUCAGGAACGAAAGAAGAUCCUAAAAAGAACAAAGUUCAAGAGGAGAUGAAGUCUACAUUUGAAUCUGUAAAGCAACUUUGGAUCGACGGAGUGGGAUGUGAUGUCAUUUUAGAUGUGAGCGGUGCUUCGUUCCCUGUCCACAGGGUCAUCCUGGCGACAAGCAGCGACUACUUCCGUGGCAUGUUCACCAGCGGUAUGAAGGAAUCCCGUCAAAACCAUGUUGUCCUUACUUUAGAAGAAGCUCCAGAGUUUGGUGCUCUGAUCGGUUCUUGCUACCACGGGUACCUUCCUCUCAGCUGGGACUGCGUCUUUGAAACAGCCUGCACAGCACUUCGGUUCCAGUUCCAGUCGGCCAUCUUCCUCUGUCUGCGAUUCAUGAGACAGGAAAUGGGAGCUGAUUCCUGCUUGGAUGUGGCUUCUUUUGCCGAAGCUUAUGAGAUGUCAGAGCUCCAAGAAGAAGCAAAUGACUACGUGCUGAGGAACUUCUUAGAAGUAUCUACAAAUGUAAAGUUCAUGGACCUCCAGGCUGAGAAGCUUCUAGACCUGAUCUGCAGUGACGGUCUGUGUGUGCCAUCUGAGCUGGUGGUCUUUCGAGCUGUGGUCUCCUGGGUGGAGGCGGACCCUGACGAGAGACUGGGCCAUGCUGGACAUCUUAUGAAUGGGGUUCGAUUUCCUCUAAUGACGUUUCGAGAGUUCAGGGAGGUGAGGGCAAUUAACCUUCGCAUGGAAGCCAAAGAGGUUCAUCUGUAUGGUGCUGCCUUCAAGGAGUUCGCAUCCACUUUGUCGGUGCAGCAUCAGUGUCGAGUGAGGCGCCCCAAAGCCUCCCUAAUUGUUGUUGGUGGCGACCAGCUCAACCCGGAUGUAGGUCAGCGCAUACCAAGUCGGGAAAUGUGGUUUGCCAACUCCUUGCGCUGUGGAACUGGUCUUGUGAAGGACAUUGAGUGGAGGAAGCUGACCGAGAUUCCAAGCAAACCGGUGUUCAGACAUGGGGUGGCAACCGUCGGUGAGCGGUUGUUUGUGGUUGGAGGAUGUCACUUUUAUUCCAAGGAUGAUGUGAUGAAAUCCACCUACAGCUACGACUGUGGCCAUGAUGUUUGGAAGAGGUGUGCUGAUAUGCAGGAAUUUCGAAGUAACUUCUCGGUGGUGGUGCACCAACGUCAGCUAUAUGCCAUUGGUGGAGAUAAGGAGAUCAACACCAAUGUGGACAGUGUGGAGAUGUAUGACACAGAAGCUGACACCUGGAGCUUUGUCCGUCCUCUGGACCAGCCACUAAGUGGCCAAGCUGCCACCAUUCUCAAUGGAGGGAUCUUCAUCUCUGGAGGUUUUGACCGCCGGUACGUGUGUCUAACCUCCCUGUUCCUGUACAAUCCAGAGGCGGGAAUCACCCACCUGACAGAGAUGACCCACGACCGAGCCCAACAUUGCAUGCAGGCACUGCGAGGUCGCCUAUACGUAGCCGGCGGCGUGUGCAAUCUCCGAAAGUUUUAUACCGACCAACUCGCCUGUGAGGUGUACGAUCCCAGCGCUGAUUCUUGGACAUCUUUUGCACCGUUGCCCCAACCUCACGUGGGUGCAGCUUCGGCCAUCUUGGAGGAGAACCUGUACAUACUAGGAGGGUACUGUCAGGAGGAUUACAGCGAAUCCGGACUUGUACACCGGUUUAACUGUGGCACGCAGCGCUGGGAAAACAUGGGAAAGCUUCCAGCAGCUGUUACUGACAUCAAGGCUUGUGUGCUACGACUUCCCCAGCACUUGAGGUGCUAGUCAGGUUUUGUGCUGAUAAUCCAUUGUGCAAGAGUUUAAAACAAAUAUUAAUAUAUAAUAUUCCUUUGGAUCUUGUGUAUAGUGGACAGAUGAUGCAGGAAUAAAUAGACCAACUCAGAUAGGAGAUGUAAGAAUAUAUAUAUAAUAUAUAUGUUGUUUUAUUUCAGUUCUUACGACACAAUAAUAAUAAUAAGAACAUUGACUGGCGAGUAUGAGCAUGCUAGCACCAUUUUGUGUUUUUACCUAAUUAGUGCAUUCCUGAAGUAGUUUUUUUAGUUAGCAGCCAAACAAUCAAACAUAUUAGAAAAUA